CGUGACUCGAGAGGGGGCGGUCCGUCAGUUUUGAUAGAAAUCCUGUUUACUCAGAGCUAAACGCGUAACAUCUGAAAAAUGAGUUCCUCUGACAUGAAGAUCAUCACAGUAAUCGGCAGUGGGCUGAUUGGCCGCUCCUGGGCUAUGGUGUUUGCCAGUGGAGGCUACAGUGUCAAGAUCUAUGACAACCUGCCAGGACAGGCUGCUAAGGCCAUCACAGAGAUCAGGAAGCAGCUGGAGGAGCUGGAGGAAGCCCACAUGCUCAGAGGAGAGCUGACUGCCACACAGCAGCUGGCCCUGCUCAGCAGCUGCGAUGACCUGGCUCAGGCACUGGAGGGAGCUUUCUUUGUCCAGGAGUGUGUAUUUGAGCACCUUGAGGUCAAGCAGAGCGUCUUCCAGGACAUAGAGCGUCUUGUGGGAAAAGAUGUCAUCCUGAGCAGCUCCACCUCCUGUCUGGUGCCAAGCAACGUCUUCUCUAAAGUCCAGAACAGGAGUCGCUGCCUCGUCUCCCAUCCAGUAAACCCACCCUACUAUGUGAAACUGGUGGAGCUGGUACCUCACCCAGAGACAGCAGCAACUGUUAUGGACACCACCCAUGCUGUAAUGACCAAGGUUGGCCAAGCGCCCGUCCGCCUGAAGAAAGAGAUCGAUGGCUUUGCCCUCAACAGAGUCCAAGCAGCCAUUAUCGCAGAGUCCUGGAGGCUGGUCCAGGAUGGCGUUAUCUCAGUCAAGGACAUCGACCUGGUGAUGUCAGAGGGGCUAGGAAUGCGUUACGCCUUCAUUGGUCCCAUGGAAACAAUGCACCUCAAUGCACCUGAAGGUUUGGAGGACUAUAUGAAACGGUACGGAGAGGGCAUAACAAGGGUCCUGAACUCCUUUGGACCUGUUCCAAACUUCUUCAGUGAGGGAGCCAAGAGCAUCAUUAACGAGAUGUGCGAGCUGAUUCCCAGCGACCAGCAGCAUCUGUCGGCCAGGAGGGAGAGGAGGGACCAGCUCCUCAUGGGUCUAGCUAAGCUGAAGAAGGACCACUGAGGUGCAUGCAGGGCCCAAACUCAAGAAAAACUAAUGAUGACUGCUGACUGAGAUUAGAAAUCCUUAAAAUAAUUUGUGAAAAAAAUUUAAAACUGCUUUGUGAAAUAUGGUAGACAGGAGUUAAAUGGAGGAAUUUGAGCAAAUGUAAGAGACACACGCACAAACAUAUUUUACGUGAUAAUAACUGUUAUAUCUGAGUAAGAAUUGUUCUGCUCAAAGUGUCUUUUUUAUGGACAUUUUUGGGACAUUACUACCAACAUUUACUGGGAACUGUGACUUGCUACCCAUUGAGAAGCAGGGAUCUACAUUACAUUUUAUACAUACUUAUCUUUUUGUUUGCAACUUGAUUUCAAGACUAACGUGUUAAUUAAGAGACUGGAUUAAAAGCAGGUGCUACACUUGAUAUAACAGAUGAUGUUUUGAUUAAUAAAAACAAUGGAAUCAUA